AUGAUUGGCUUAUUUGUCUUACUUUGCGGUGCGUUUUAUAGAAAAAGUAUUUUAACCAGGGCCUUGAAUACACAUUAUCAGGCAAAUUCAUUAACACUUGGUGGCAAUUUAAAUAAAAGUGAACUUUUAAAUCAUGGACCAAAGAUUGAAAUAAGCAUAGAUUCUUCGAGCUUAUCAAAUGUAAAUUAUAAUGACACAGAAGUUAUAAACUAUAGUAAUGGUGUAAAUGAUGCAUCAUAUAAUCAAGGUGAAAAAGAAUUAAUUCCUUAUGACUUUAUUAUGCUUAACGAUCAAAAUAAAGGGGGGGAAGCUGCAGAAUUAGUUGGUAAUUCUUAUAUUGAAACAUCCAGUACCAAUUCAGUAUAUUCUAACAUUUUAAAUAUUGUUGAUAUAAUAUAUAAUGAGUGGGAAGAUAAUGAUGUUUCUUUGUAUGAAUAUUAUAAGCCUAUAUAUACACAUGAGCACAUUAAAAAUUCGUUAUAUCAUGUUAUAGCUAUUACUGAAAUUGGAAUAAAUAAUAUAUGGGGAAAACUUGCCAAUUAUAGUAAGAAAAUAAAAAAUUUUGAAAAUUCAUGCGAGGAAAUAAAAAAAGAGUUAUCUAUGGUAAUAGAGAAUUUAGAAAAUCCGAUAUAUAAUUAUCAAAAUCAAAAUUUUCAAAACGCUUUUAGUUUAUUAAAAAAAAAAAGAGCAGAUUUGAUUCAAUGCAUAAAAUCAAAAUACAGUACACUUAAUAAUGAUAUAAAUGAAAUAAAAAAAAAUGAUAAUUAUUAUAUGUAUAAUGUUAUGAGAAUAAAUCCACCUUUGACACUUGUACCAGUUUAUAACAUCCGUAUUGAUUUAAUUAAAAAUGAAAUUAAUGACUUAAAAAAAAUAACAAAAUUGCCUCUUAAUGAAGUAAAAAAUGUUUCAAAUUUCAUAAAUCAAAUUACAAAUAUUGUUGAAAAUGAACCUGAAUUAAAAAAUAAUUUAGAUACAAUAAAAUUUAUGCAGAAAGAAAUUAAUCAUAUAAUAAAACUAUACGAAAAGCAUACAAACAUUUGUAAUAUUAAAUACAAUAUUAUAAUGGGUUUACAAAAAAUUGAUAAUGCUUAUAAAACUCAUACAUAUCAUGUCAUAAAUAAUAUUUUUGAUUUAGGAAAUAAUUAUGCAAUUUUUAAAUAUAGUUAUAAUAUAUUAACUAAUUUAGACAAAUUAUAUAAUAACAAAAAGACACAAAUAAAUAAUAUUUUUAACUUCCUCACACAAAUUUUAAUUGGAAAAGUAGAUCCAAGUUCUAAUAAAAUUGUUCAUGAUGAUAGUUAUGAUUACGACAUGUCACAACCUAAACAAAUACUAAACAAUUUAAAAUAUCGAUUUCAUAAAGCAUUUGGACAAAAUGUAAAUUCAUAUGACAAAAAUGUAAACUUAAAGGAUUAUGAAAAUGGAAACAAUGAUUUAAUAGCUCAAAUCAUGUUAUUAAUAAACAAAUUAGAAGAUUUAAUUAAAUUAAUGGAAAAAAUAUAUAAUAAUGAUACACCAAUAUCUGAAAUUCAAACAGAGAUAUAUAACAAAACAAAUAAAGUAGAUUUAAAUGAAAAAUUAGAUGGAUUCAACGAUGCAUUAAAAGAAGCAACAAUGUGGAAAACUAAAAGAAAAUCAACCAUAAGCACAUUAAAAGAUAAAUAUGAAUUGGUUCUAAAUUUGCAAACUCAAAUUAAUGAAUUGUAUCAACCAUUUAAUAGAAAAUAUAUGGAACAAAAGUACAUACAGGAAUCUAAACAUAUACUAAAAAUGAAAGUAAAACAUAUAAAUGAAAAGAAAAACGACUUAGAAAAAUUAAUUGAAUUAAAAAAGGAUAUAGAAAAUCAUAUUAAUCAAAUUAACAUUUUAUUAAAUAAUCCGUUAUAUGAAAUGGUGGAUUUUGCAAAUAAAAAAAAUAAAAUAAAUGAUGAUAUAAAAUUAGAGUUUAAAAAAUUUUAUAAUGAUGGUGUAGAAAAUUUGGUUGCCGAAUGUUCAACUUUGAUUGAUGAAAAUAUGAUUGCAUCAGUACAAAAUGAUGAACAAGUUAAAAAAUAUUUAGGGGAUUUAGAUGCUAAAUAUGAUAAAAUCAAUAAUAUUACAUUUGAUGAAUUUUCUAAGGUCUUAAAUAAUGUGAAUAAUAAAAAAGAAUCUCUUUUAGAACUUAUAAACGAAAUAAAAGGAUAUAUAUAUUAUCAUAUGAUACAUGAUUUAUCAAGUAUACUAAAUUCGGUUCAGACUAUAGAUGAACGCUUAAAACCUAAUAUCAAUAACUAUUUUGAUUUAUACAAUGAAUUAACAAGUUAUAAAGAAGAAUUAUUAAAAAAGAAAAACUUGAUCGUUCAAAAUGAUUAUAUAAACAAUGGCAAUUAUCCAGAUUAUGAGCAUGAUUCUAAAAAACUAUUAGAAUACAGCAAUAAUUUUAUAUCCAAAGAAAAUAUAAUACUUAAAGAUAUUGAAGAAAUGAGUAAGAUUUCAGAUGAAGUUAAAACUGUGUUACCAAAGUAUGAUAAUGAAGCCAAAAAAAUAUACCCCAAUUCAAACGAUGAAUAUUUACAAACUAAAAAAAUUAUAGAACAAAUAAAAGAGUAUACUUCAGAAGAUUAUUUAAACAAAUAUAGAAAAGAAGUUAACGAUAUUAAAACGACAAUUACUGAUGAAACAAAUCAAAUUCAAAACAUUAAUAAAAACAUAGAGAAUUAUAAAAUAUUAAAUAAUGGGAUGCAGCAAUAUCAAUCAAUUUAUGAAUUGAUUAAAAAUACAAUAAACGGUAAAAAUAUAUUAAAUGACUUAUUGAGCCAGAGUAUUCAAGCAAUACAAAAUUAUGAUAAUGUCAACGAAACGAUCAAAAAUAGUUCUAUAGAAACAUUAAAUAAUAAAAUAUCGAUGAUUGAUGAUAAGUUAAGCAGUACAACUAUAAAUGAUAUUGAAACAAAAUUAUCAACAUUAAAAGAAUAUUUCAUAUCAGUUAAACAAAAAAUUAUGGAAAAUAGUGAAAUAGAGGCUGAUAAUUUAUUGCAAAAUGCCAAUGAAAUUAAUCAGGUUCAAAAUUCAACAAAUGCAUUAAAUGAACAAUACAUAUCAUUAAAAAUGGAUAUCGAAAAAUUAAUUAAUGAUAUUAAUGAAGAAAUACGAAAACACCAAAAUUAA